ACGCAAGAUAUCGAAAAGCAAAUAGAGAAACUUGACUUAUGUGCGUUCUUCUUCAUUUAAACUAUAAUAAAAUCGCAACGUAAUUAAGUCUGUAAUUCUUGAUCUUAUCAUAUAUCUACCUUAUUAAAAUGCAAAAUAAGAACGUCAUUGUAUUUAGAAGAAAUGUAAGCAGCUGUUCGUCGAACUCGAGUGACAAAUACGAAUAAUAAUAAUUAAUCCAUUAUAAAAAGGGAGCGAAAAUUGUAGCUUUCAUUUUACUUUUUUAUCUGGUUCGUUGAGCUUGAUAGCUAAGUUACCCAUCGAUCAUGCUACCAUUCAUUUUCUUGGUGAUCGGCGUUCUCGCACAACAGACGUUCGCUGAGGAACCCGAAGCGAUCGUCGGUGGCAAACCCGCUGAGCCAGGUGAAUUUCCGCAUCAAGUUUCUUUGAGAUUGGAUGGCUCACACAUUUGCGGUGGCUCCAUCAUCGGCCGGCAAAAAGUCCUGACUGCCGCUCACUGUGUGCACGGUCUUGCAUAUUACCCUUAUCGCAACUUUAAAGUCGCUACCGGCAGCAUUGAUAGGUACGGUGGACACCUCCACGCUGUGUCGAACGUCGUCGUGCAUCCGGAUUACUCUGACCAAGCGGAAGACGCUUGGAAGAAUGACGUUGCGGUGAUCACGCUCGCGUCGCCGAUUAAAUACAACGAAUACCAAAAACCGAUCGCUCUGGCCAAGUCUCGACCCAAACCCGGACAGCCCUGCACCCUGUCCGGAUGGGGUCAGAUCAGCACCCACGGACGGCUCCCGCGUAAUCUCCUGAAGAUGAACCAGGCCAUAGUCUCGCAGAAGGAAUGUCAGGAAGCUCACUAUGACAUGCCCUUGACCGGCAGCCACUUGUGCGCGUAUAAUCGCUACGGAAUUGGAGCUUGUUCCGGCGACAGCGGUGGCCCGCUCAUCUCCAAAGGCGUACAGGUCGGGAUUACUUCCUGGGUUCUUCCAUGCGCGAAGGGCGAACCUGAUGUCUACACCGACGUCUCCUAUCAUCUCGAUUUUAUCAAUGAAUCGUAAAGACACGUAAAAGUAAUCCACGUAGUACGAAUAGCAUAAAAAUCUAUUCGAUGAUAUUAUAAUUGAUGUCAACGCGCUGAGAAAAAAAAUACGCUGUCGCGACGUCGAAGUUAAACGCAACUAUGCGUUGGUUGCAUU